AUGAACCUCUCUUCCACCUUCACACUUUACCCAAAACUACACUUUUCAUUCUCAUCCUCAAUCUCUCCCAAUCCAAUUCAAUUCACCACCAUAACCCCAAACCCAACAAACCCCCCAAAAGCCCUUCACAUUACCGCAAUAACCAUAAACAACUCACCCCAACAGCUUCCUCCAAACAGUCCUCAACGCCUCCUCAAGGAACUCGAACAAUACAAAACCAAAAAACUAAUCCCACCAAACAAAAAAACACCUUCAAGAAUCUCAAUCCUAAAACCACCGCUACAAAACAAAAAACUCAUCCUCAACAGUCCCCAACUAACCCUGAACUCACUCCCUGUUCUGAGUUCAUGUCUCCCCCACGCGCCUCUCAGAACCACCGACACCGCGUGGAUGGACCUUCACUUGAUGGAAGUGAAGCAAGCGUUGGGGUAUCCUUUGGAGUCUUUUGAGGAUAUGCUUGGGGAAGAAGAUAACCCUGGGAAACAAUUUGAUACGCUGUUGUAUUUAGCGUUUCAGCAUCGCGCGUCCGGGAAGAGGUAUCCGAGGGAGGGCCCGGGGCCGAUGAGGGAGAGGAUUUUUGGGUUGGUUGGAAAGCAUAGAUUGCCUAAGUGGGUUAAAGCUGCUAGCUUGCAUAAUUUGAUAUUUCCUGAUGUUGAUAUGGAUAGAUUGGUGAGAAAAGAAAGGGAGCAAAGAGUCAAGUCUGUCUUUUGGGCUUUGUUUGGGGCAAUCUAUCUAUGUUUUGGUAUGCCUGAAGUGUAUCGUGUUCUUUUUGAAGUCUUUGGAAUGGAUCCAGAUGCGGAGGAAUGCCAGCCCAGAUUACGUAGGCAACUUGAAGACAUAGAUCAUGUAUCUGCUGAAUUUGAAGGCAAGCUAAGCUGGCAAGAUAUGGUUGCCUAUAAGCCUCCUGCAGAUGCCUUGUUUGCGCAUCCGCGGCUGUUCAGAGCCUGUAUUCCCCCAGGAAUGCAUCGGUUUAGAGGAAAUGUAUGGGAUUAUGAUAGCAGGCCUCAGGUUAUGCAAAUCCUUGGAUAUCCAAUAGAAAUCACCGAUAGAAUUCCAGAAAUUACUAAAGCUAGGAAUGUAGAGCUUGGACUUGGUUUGCAGCUAUGUUUCUUGCAUCCAUCAAAUUACAAAUAUGAUCAUCCUCGAUUUUGCUUCGAGAGAUUAGAAUACCUUGGUCAAAAGAUACAGGAUUUGGUGAUGGCUGAAAGAUUGUUGAUGAAGCAUUUAGAUGCUCCGGGUUUUUGGCUACAAGAGAAGCACCGCCGCGUUCUUAUGAACAGGUAUUGUGGGAGAUAUUUGAGGGCAAAAAAACUCCAUCGAUUUAUUAUAUACCCUGAAAAGGAUCGAAAUUCGUAUGAGCGCAAUCAUAGACUGAGAAACCCGGCCUCAGAAUCUGUUCAACAAGCCAUUCACGGGCUUUCAUAUGCAGUUUAUGGGAAACGUGAUGUGAGACGACUAAUGUUUGAGGUUUUUGAUGUUGAGCAAGUUCAGCCUAAAAGGAAUAUAUAUGUGAAGAAAUAA